AUUUCCAUUGACACACACCAAGUUAAGGUCGUUGAAGUCAAUCUUCUAUAAUCUCUAUUACCUACAUACAAAACCCAGAAAGUAAAAAUAGGUUUUUCUCUUCCCACACACUUAAGAAAGAAGUAGUAAGAAGCUGCUAAUAAGUGGUAUUUGCAAUGGGAUCAGAGUCUCUUUCACUCAACACUCAUCCACUUCUAUUUCCAACUCCACACAUCUUUUUCAUACGGAAGAUGUGUCUUCUUCAAUAAUGUAAAGCUCCUUCAGAUGAUAGUUACACUACUUAGCAUGGAAGUGGCAACUCGUCGAUUUCAUAGAUAUAUUUUCUCAUCAUCUCAUGCAUCUUCAGUGUAAUUGGCGUGUGUGCGUUUUGUGCGCGUGGGCCUUUUUUGUUUCCCACGCACGCGCAGUAAUAAGCAGCAUUUGAAAAUUGAAAGAAAGCGUUGUUGCGGUUGUUGAUGUUAUCGGCUGGUUUUGGCAUUCGCAUUCGCAUUCGCAUUGGGAUUUGCAAAUAUGACCAACGGCCACAUAACCGUAACCGUCGACACCAGGCAUUCUGACGCCACCGAACAGCGACGCAUUCCUCCUCCUCCUCCUCCUGCUGCUGCUGCUUCCGCUGCCGUCAAUCUCGACUAUGACGACGACGACCACAACGACGACGACGAUGUUGCAGAUCCAAAUGAUCCUUUCGAUAUUCAACACACCAAGCAUGCGCCCAUCGAGACCCUCCGCCGUUGGAGACAAGCAGCACUCGUGCUCAAUGCAUCAAGGCGCUUUAGAUAUACCUUGGACCUAAAAAAGGAAGAGGAGAGACAGCAAAAGAAAAGCUUGAUUAGAGCCCAUGCACAAGUCAUAAGAGCAGCAUUGCUUUUCAGAUUGGCUGGUGAACGUGAAUUAGUGGUAACAGCACCGACACCUGCACAUCCAGUUGGUGACUUUGGAAUUGGGCUCGAACAACUUUCUUCAGUUUCUAAGGAGCAGAACACUGCUGCUUUAGAAGAAUAUGGAGGGGUCAAGGGCUUAUCAAAUUUAUUAAGGUCAAAUCUCGAUAAAGGAAUUAGUGGAGAUGAUGCUGAUUUACUAAAAAGGAAAAAUGCUUAUGGAACUAACACAUAUCCUCGGAAAAAAGGAAGAAGCUUCUGGAGGUUUUUAUGGGAAGCAUGGCAAGAUCUAACUCUUAUAAUAUUGAUUAUAGCAGCAGUUGUCUCAUUGGUGCUUGGAAUAAAAACAGAGGGUUUGAGUGAAGGAUGGUAUGAUGGGGGAAGCAUUGCUUUUGCGGUUUUUCUGGUCAUUGUAGUUACAGCUGUCAGUGAUUAUCGGCAAUCUCUGCAGUUUAAGAAUUUGAAUGCAGAGAAACAAAAUAUACAGUUGGAGGUCAUGAGAGGUGGCAGAACAGUUAAAUUGUCGAUAUUUGACAUUGUUGUUGGUGAUGUAGUACCGCUUAAAAUAGGAGAUCAGGUUCCUGCUGAUGGAGUAUUAAUCACGGGUCAUUCACUUGCCGUUGAUGAAUCCAGUAUGACGGGUGAAAGCAAAAUUGUUCACAAGGAUCACAAAUCACCCUUUUUGAUGUCUGGUUGCAAAGUGGCUGAUGGAGUUGGAGUUAUGCUGGUAACUGGUGUUGGUAUAAAUACAGAGUGGGGAUUGUUGAUGGCAAGUAUCUCAGAGGAUAAUGGAGAAGAGACUCCAUUGCAGGUACGUUUGAAUGGAGUAGCAACUUUUAUUGGUGUAGUUGGGCUUUCUGUGGCUGUUUUAGUGCUAGCAGUCCUCUUGGGCAGAUACUUUUCUGGCCAUUCUACUGAUGAUGAUGGAAACGUGGAAUUUGUUGCUGGAAAAACUAAAGCAAGUACUGCAGUUGAUGGCGUCAUCAAAAUUUUCACCAUUGCAGUAAGUGCGAGUUUGAACUAUUUCGUCCAUCUUCUUCUUCAAACUUUUAGUAGUUUGAAACUAAAUACGGAGCCAUGCAUGCAGGUUACCAUUGUGGUUGUCGCAGUGCCUGAAGGUCUACCUUUGGCUGUUACCUUAACCCUGGCAUACUCAAUGCGGAAAAUGAUGAGAGACAAAGCCCUGGUUCGGAGGCUGUCAGCCUGCGAAACUAUGGGAUCUGCGACAACAAUAUGCAGUGAUAAGACAGGAACAUUGACCUUAAAUCAGAUGACUGUAGUUGAGGCAUAUGUUGGAAGGAACAAAUUAAAUCCACCAGAUGACUCAUCAAAGUUAAAUCCGGAAGUUUUAUCCUUGAUAAACGAGGGCAUUGCCCAGAAUACUACUGGAAAUGUUUUUGUGCCUAAGGAAGGAGGAGAGGCAGAGAUUUCAGGAUCUCCUACAGAGAAGGCAAUUCUUUCAUGGGCAGUAAAGUUGGGUAUGAAUUUUAGUCUUCUCAGAUCAAAUACGACAGUUCUCCAUGUCUUCCCCUUUAAUUCCGAGAAAAAAAGAGGCGGUGUUGCUGUGAAGCUGGAGGGCUCUGGAGUACAUAUACAUUGGAAAGGAGCUGCAGAAAUACUUCUUGGAGCAUGUACGCAAUAUCUUGAUUCAGAUGGUCAUUUGCAAUCCAUUGAGGGAGAGCAGGUAGCUUUCAAGGAGGCGAUUGAUAACAUGGCUGCUCGCAGCUUGCGUUGUGUUGCCAUUGCUUACAGAUCAUAUGAAUUAGACAAAGUUCCAUCUAAUGAAGAUGAUUUGGAGCAAUGGUCGUUACCAGAAAAUGAUCUUGUUUUGCUUGCUAUUGUUGGAAUAAAGGAUCCUUGUCGCCCUGGUGUCAAAGAAGCAGUGGAACUAUGCACUAAAGCUGGUGUCAAGGUACGCAUGGUUACCGGAGACAACCUUCAAACAGCAAGGGCAAUAGCUUUGGAGUGUGGGAUACUUACUUCAAAUGAGGAAGCUGUUGAACCAGUUAUAAUUGAAGGGAAGAAAUUCCGUGCACUAAGCGAAAAAGAAAGGGAACAGAUUGCUAAGAAAAUAGCGGUCAUGGGGAGGUCUUCUCCUAAUGACAAGCUUUUGCUUGUGCAAGCUCUACGUAAAGGAGGUGAAGUUGUUGCCGUCACAGGAGAUGGAACCAAUGAUGCCCCUGCACUUCACGAGGCAGAUAUUGGUCUUUCUAUGGGCAUCCAAGGAACUGAAGUUGCAAAAGAAAGCUCAGAUAUUAUAAUCCUGGAUGAUAACUUUGCGUCAGUAGUAAAGGUUGUCCGGUGGGGACGUUCUGUUUAUGCAAAUAUUCAGAAAUUCAUCCAGUUCCAGCUUACUGUUAAUGUUGCUGCUCUUGUAAUUAAUGUUGUUGCAGCAAUAUCCUCUGGUGAUGUUCCUUUGAAUGCAGUACAGCUUCUGUGGGUCAACCUUAUCAUGGACACACUUGGGGCGCUUGCACUGGCCACUGAACCACCAACGGACAGCCUUAUGCGCAGAGCACCUGUUGGGCGAAGGGAACCUCUUAUAACGAAUGUCAUGUGGAGAAACUUGGUUGUACAGGCUGUCUAUCAAGUUACUGUUCUUCUUGUUCUGAACUUCGCUGGUGAAAGUUUCAUACCUAAGCAAGAAACUAAAUCCCUUGACAGUCAAACCAAGAACACUUUAAUAUUCAAUGCAUUCGUCCUGUGCCAAAUAUUCAACGAGUUCAAUGCUCGGAAACCAGAAGGAAUGAAUGUAUUCCAAGGGGUGACUAAGAACCGUCUAUUCAUGGGAAUUGUUGGAAUGACCUUUAUCCUUCAGAUAAUUAUCAUCGAGUUCCUUGGAAAGUUCACCAAAACAGUGAAACUUGAUUGGAAGCUGUGGAUUGCUUCUCUUGUUAUUGGCAUUGUCAGCUGGCCUCUUGCUGUUGCCGGAAAACUCAUUCCGGUUCCCAAAACACCGUUGUCACGCUGCUUAGCCAAGCCACUUAGAAGAUGGAGAAGGUCUCGCGCACAAAGUCAACUGAACACCCCCAGCACUAAUUUUUCACGUUAAGCUAACUCCUGACAAGAAAAGCAACUAUACUUCAGCAUUACUACUAAUUAAUCCCUCCUUGUAUUUUCAAUGUGUUUAACUGUAUAUUAAAUGUAUCAUUAGCCAUCAUCAUUUCACAAUGUCCCGAAGAGAUUGAAACGCAAGUAUGGCAACGAUUUAAAGUGUUGUGCCUUUUCCUUUUCUAA